UUCUCUUCCUUCUAGUCAACUGGCAUGUGUGAAUGAACAUGGCAUCCAUCCAUCUCACGGGAGACAGAUAUGUUACGCUGGUAGAACGCUUUGUAUUUUAAGGAGGAAGAGAGAAUCAACCACCGGCCAAGAUGUCAGAUAAAAAGAUGUCGUCGAGUCGCAGGCAACAUCUGAAGAGCUUGAUGCUCCAGAUUGCCCAGGGGUUCAUAGAGGCUGAGGCCAUCCAGGCAGAGGAGGACAAAAACAGCUACAUGGAUGAGAAUGUCCCCUCCCUCUCUGUUCCGGGAUCCAUGCAGGAACUCCAGAUUGAGGAUCUGAAGAUAAAACUACAAGACCUGAAGGGCAAGUUCAGGAAGCCCGUCCUGAAGAAAGUCCGCAUGUCUGCUGAUGCUAUGCUUCAGGCUCUGCUGGGCUCCAAACACAAGGUGUCCAUGGAUCUGAGGUCCAACCUGAAGCAAGUCAAGAAAGAGGUCAAGGAAGAGGUGAAAGAUGCAGCUGACUGGCGUAAGAACAUAGAGGACAAGGCUGGCAUGGACGGUAGAAAGAAGAUGUUUGAGUCCGACCCUUAAGACCCUUUAACAAGACCCCUAAUAUGUGUAUUUGUGUUCAUAUGUCUCCUCUGAUAACAUCCUCCAUUUUAAUCUACAUUCUCCUCCUGUCAUUCCUGUUUACACGACUCUGUCUAAUAAAAGAAAAUACUUCA